AUGACAUACNAUUAUAGUUUAAGGUUUUAGAGAAAUAAUACUGUCAUCCCAAGUAUCGACUAUUUUUGUAUAAGGAUAACCAUAAAAUGAUAGACUUUUGAAUACGAAAGACAUCGAUGGAGCAGUUCCUGGAAGUUUAUAGAGUUAAGCAGUUCGGAAUCAAGAGAUAGCUAAGAAAUUAAGAUUAGAAAGAGAAAUAUAAAAUAAGUCAUGUAAUAAUUCUCAAUUAGAUGAAUUGAAAAAAAAUGAAGAAAAUUAUUAAUCACAUAGCAGCAGAUAAAGAUCAAAUUCAUUUUAAACAGGUCAUUUAAAUGUGAAUAUAAAGAAUCAAAUUUCAGAAUAAAUGAAUUCUUUAAAACUUCCACCAAUAUAGGAGAGAAUUUCAGAUACUAUUGAUCAUGUAGCAAAUAAGCUUCAAUUAAGAUAGAAUCGUAAAAGCUUUUAAUUAGAUGGGCUAGAUUUUUUUUAAAAAUAAGUCUAAUUAAAAUUGUAUGCUUGA